GUGCCCCCGGGCCCUGACUCUUCCUCGAGGAUCACCGGUGCUCACCCGGAGCGGGGCCGCGCCGCUGGGGGAGGGGGCCAGGCGCGUUUCCGGCCCCCAUCGUCCGGAAGGGGAAACUGAGGCUCGGAGCCUGCGUGGGGGCCGCGGGGGUCCGGUCCUCCCCGAGCCUCAGUUUCCCCACCUGGACCAGGACGUGGCGGCCUAGGAACAGGCAUUCCCUGGCCCAGGUGACCCUGGUCCGUUCCCAAAGCCCGCUGGCCCCACCGUCGGAGGACAGACACAGCCCGGCUCCAGCGGGCUGCUGUGCGGCAGAGAGAGGGUAGAGCCCUCUGGUCGCCCCUGAGGAGGAAAGGAGCAGUGGUGAGCCCUCUGACUCCUCCCUGCCGAGCCGCUGAUGGACGCGCCUGCUUCUCUGCCUCUUCUCAGAGGGAAUGAGGUCCGUGGGCUGGUAGCCUGCUCCCGAGGACCAUAGGACUGGGAGAGCCUGAGGCCUGGGGGGCUGGGAGAGCCCGAGGCCCGGGGGGCCAGAGCCAUGGCCUCGUCCAGACGAGCCGAGGGCCGCGGCCGGUGGGACUGGGGCUGCCCAGAGACCCGGAGCCGCCUGGAGGAGGUCUUCUUCGGGAACCAGGACAUCAUCCGCCGGGGCUCCGAGGACUGCCGCAGGUUCUGGGCCUUUUUCGAACGCCUGCAGACUUUCCAGAAGCCUAAGCCGGGCCCGGCAGCCAAGCAGCUGGCUGAGGGACCCAGAUGCCCGGCCCUGGCCGGCCUCCCUGCCACCUAUGACCCCCGCUACCGCAUCAACCUGGCCUUGCUGAGCGGCGAGGGUGAGCCAGGCCUGGGGGCCCGCGGGCAGCUGCCCCGGGACCAGCUGGCGGAGUUCCGCCGGGCUGUCCUACACUACCUGGACUUUGGUCAGAAACAGUCUUUCGGGAAGCUGGCCAAGCUGCAGCGGGAGCGGGCGGCCCUGCCCGUGGCCCGGUACAGGGGGCACCUGCUGCAGGCGCUCAGGGAGCACCAGGUGGUGGUCGUGGCCGGGGACACGGGCUGUGGCAAGUCCACCCAGGUGCCCCAGUACCUGCUGGCCGCCGGCUUCAGCCAUGUGGCCUGCACCCAGCCACGGAGAAUCGCGUGCAUCUCCCUGGCCAAGCGUGUCGGCUUCGAGAGCCUCAACCAGUACGGGUCCCAGGUGGGCUACCAGAUCCGCUUUGAGAGCACGCGGUCGCCGGCUACCGGGAUCGUGUUCCUGACGGAGGGCCUCCUGCUGCGCCAGAUCCAGCGGGAGCCGGGUCUGCCCCAGUACCAGGUGCUGAUCGUGGACGAGGUCCACGAGCGCCACCUGCACAGUGACUUCCUGCUGGGCGUCCUCCGGAGGCUGCUGCCUGCGCGCCCAGACCUCAAGCUCGUCCUCAUGUCGGCCACCAUCAACAUCAGCCUCUUCUCCAGCUACUUCAGCUGCGCGCCCGUGGUGCAGGUGCCCGGAAGGCUGUUCCCCAUCUCGGUCAUCUACCAGCCCAUAGCAAAGGAGGAGGUGCCGACGUCCAGGGCGGAGAGGUUGGACCCGCGGCCGUUCUUGCGCGUGCUGCAGGCCAUCGACCACAAGUACCCGCCAGAGGAGCGCGGCGACCUGCUGGUGUUCCUCAGCGGCAUGGCCGAGAUCGGCGCGGUGCUCGAGGCCUUCCAGCCGUACGCCGCCCACACCAAGCGCUGGGUGGUGCUCCCCCUGCACAGCGCCCUCUCCAUUGCGGACCAGGACAAGGUGUUUGACAUGCCUCCUCCUGGGGUACGAAAGUGUAUCCUGUCCACCAACAUCGCAGAGACCUCGGUCACCAUCGAUGGCGUCCGAUUCGUGCUGGAUUCUGGGAAGGUGAAGGAGAUGAGCUUCGACCCCAAGGCCAAACUGCAGCGGCUCCAGGAGUUCUGGAUCAGCCGGGCCAGCGCUGAGCAGCGGAAGGGCCGCGCUGGCCGCACGGGGCCGGGCGUGUGCUACCGUCUCUACGCCGAGUCCGACUAUGACGCCUUCGCUCCCUAUCCUGUCCCCGAGAUCCAGAGGGUGGCCCUGGAUGCACUGGUACUACAGAUGAAGAGUAUGGGGCUCGGAGACCCCCGCGGCUUCCCCUUCAUAGAGCCCCCGCCUGCCGCCAGCCUGGAAACGGCCAUCGUCUACCUGCGGGACCAGGGCGCUCUGGAUGCCUCGGAGCACCUCACACCCAUAGGGACCCUGCUUUCCCAGCUUCCCGUGGACGUGGUGAUAGGGAAGAUCCUCAUCCUCGGCUGCAUGUUCGACCUGGUGGAGCCUGUGCUGACCAUGGCAGCGGCCCUGAGUGUCCAGUCCCCCUUUGUGCGCAGCGCUCAAAGCAACCUGGAGUGUGGGACAGCCCGGAAACCCCUGGAGAGCGACCACGGGGACCCCUUCACUCUGCUCAAUGCCUUCAAUGCCUGGGUGCAGGUAAAAUCAGACCGGAGCGCCAACUCCAGGAAGUGGUGCCGCCGCCGGGGCCUCGAGGAGCAUCGCAUGUAUGAGAUCGCCAAUCUGCGCCAGCAGUUCAAGGGGCUGUUGCAGGACCACGGGCUGCUGGCUGAGGCCAGGGCGGUGCCAGGAGACAGCUACAGCCGCCAGCAGCGACACCGCCAGCGCCGGGAGCUGUACCAGCUGAAGCGCCAGCACGAGGAGGGCGAGGGCCGGAAGCGGAAGGUGCUGCGGCUGGAGGCCCUGGACGGCGGCUCCUCGAGCGGGGAGGAUGCAGAGGCGUCCGGCUCGCAGGCCGGGGGUGGCGCCCACCGCAUGGACAUCCAGGACGUCAAGUUCAAACUUCGCCAUGAUGUGGACCAGCUGCAGGCUGCUGCCAGCUCUGCCCAGGACCUGUCCCGGGACCAGCUGGCGCUGCUGAAGCUUGUGCUGGGCCGAGGCCUCUACCCCCAGCUGGCUGCCCCAGACCAGUUCAACAGCUGCCGCAAAGACUCGGACCAGUUCUUCCACACCCAGAGCAAGCAGGGAGCUGUCCUUCACCCCACCUGUGUGUUCGCCAAUAACCCGGACCUGCUGCAGGGAGGCCAGGCCGAGGCCCAGGAGAAGAGCCUAGAUCGCAGGGAUGGGCCGAGCGGCCAGCACCAGCUCCUGGCCUUCGUCUCUCUCCUGGAGACCAACAAGCCAUACCUGGUGAACUGUGUGCGUCUGCCGGCGCUGCAGGCUCUCCUGCUUUUUAGCCGCAGCCUGGACACAAAUGGUGACUGUUCCUGCCUGGUUGCGGACGGCUGGCUGCAGCUUCAGCUGGAGGGCAGCGAGGGCGCCACGCAGCUCCUGUCGGCUGCCCUGCGCCUCCGGGCCCGCUGGGAAGAGGCCCUGGACCAUCAGCUGGCCCGCCAGGCCCAGCCGCGAGGGGAGGACGGGGCAGCCGCGGCUCCCAAGACGGAGAGGAAAGCGGCAGCGGCAUUGGGCCGGGACCUGCUGGACUUCAUGAGAUCCAAGGUGUCCUACAGCAUCCACAGGCUGACCGCCUUGGAGGCUCAGAACCUCUAUGUGGGACCCCAGACCAUCACGGCUGCCCCGCAGCUCCCAGGCCUGUUUGGGGAGGCGGCCUUGACCCCCAAUGAAACCAAAGGCGGCUAUACCGUCACCAGCUUCCUCACCUACAACUGUCUCAUGAGUGAUGCAGACUUGUACAGUGACUGCCUGAGGACCUUCUGGUCCUGUCCUCACUGCGGCCUCUACAUGCCCUUCACCCCCCUGGAGCGGAUGAGCCAUGAGAGCAGCUGCCCUGCGGCCCCCGACAAGGAUGCCCACGGGGCCAGCGAGGAGGAGGAGGAGGCCGCCAGCCACCAGGUGUCCACUCUGCGGCGGGCCUACCGCUGUGAGAUCUGCCAGAAGGAUUUGCUGCUCACGCCCACGGAGAUCCUCCGGCACCGCAGACUGCACAUGUGAGCCCCCUGGGGGAUUCCCGGCCCUCGCCCAGGCUGGGGGCCGGGUGUGCUCUGUGAAUAAAGUCGACCUCUGCCA